AAAUUCAAGCCCAAAUCCACAGCUUUAGUUGACCUGUCAUAUCUCUGCUUGCAGCAUAAGUUAACUUCACACUAUAGAACCUCUACGGACACUCAAAAAUCUCGAACCUUUCCUUAUUCUACAAACUCAUUUGAUCACUUAUCAGACACCCAAAUUUUGUAAUCGAUCAAAAAACAAUUUUUUUUUCUUCAAUAUGUCGAACGAGAGAUCAGUAAUGGCAGUCAUUAGAGCGGCGAGACCUUCCUUUAGAAACGACACCGACAAGAUCGCUUUUGCCGUUCACGCCGCUUUUCUUUCAUCGGGUUUUGUCCUUACCGCCGUCGGUCCUAACGCUUUAGCCGAAAACGUUAUCUCCUCGCCAUCUACUUAUGAAGUGGGAAUUGAUAAUUGGAACCAAUUUGAGGAUCAUUACGCGUUUGUUUAUGCAAAUCCUGAGAAAGGAUCGAAUAAAGUGUUGGUUAAAUGUCUUUUAAUGAAUGGGAAAUUGCUUGUUGAUGCUUUAGCUCAUGGCAGUUCUCAGCCUGUUCAUCUUGAAAUAGAUAUUAGUAACUAUGUUGGAGAGAAUGGAAAUGGAAAUUACUCUGCUCAGUAUAAGAAUUUAGAUAAGUUGGUGAGUAAUUUGGAUAAAGAAGUUAUAUCCAAGUUAUAUGGUUCGGUUUCGACUUCGGGUUCAUCAAACAAUCCAUCUAGCUUAGAAACAGGGUCAAGGCGCAAUGUGAACGGUGAUGGUGUUAGAAUAAAUGAACCAACAGGCCCUCAGCCUCAUCCUUCAGGGGUAGUUAUUCCUCCCGUUAAUCCGGUAGGUGGUAGUGAUUUGUUUCCUGGGCCUGGUGCUGGAAUGUAUCCUACCAGGGGUGAUUUCGGUGGCGGCGACAUGCUUCUAGGACCAAAUGAUCCUCGUUGGUUCGGUGGACUUGGUGGAGAUCACGGUUUCCCUGGCGCACAACCGGGUGUUCCUCCUGGUGCUCGUUUUGAUCCAUAUGGUCCACCUGGUGUUCCUGGUUUUGAGCCUAAUCGAUUUAUCAGAAAUCCGCCACGGAGGCCUGGUGGUGGUACUCAUCCGGACCUAGAGCAUUUUGGGGGUGGGGAUUUUAUAUAGAUUAGAAUUUAGGGUCCUUUUGGUUUGUCCAUGAAUUUGAUAUCUUUUACUAUUCUGUUAAAUAUAAGUGAAGGAUCUAAAGAUUAUACUUAAAAUAAUAUAUUAAGCAUGUUAAUAGUGCUUUUUCUUUGAUAACAAA